AUGAUGUCUGAUUUAACACCAAUAUUCCGUAAGUAUGUUGCUGUUAUCGAUGAUGCUAGAAAUGAGCAAAAUGGUAUAGAUGAUCAUGUUGAAAGGAAACAAGAGGACUUCGGGAAUUCUAAUGAAACGUGUGAAAUGUUUAGGGAUUCGUUUAUUAAGGAAUGUGCAAGACUAUUGAAGUUCCUAGUCGAAUUAAACAAGGUAAUAAAACAGAUUGAAAAAAACUAUUUAGAUGACUUUAAUAUGAGUGAUGCGGAAAAGGACGAGUUUGACAUGGAAUGCAGGCUGCAAAUUCAACAAUAUUUCAAAAAGUUUGAAUUCCUAGAGAAUUACGAAAUGGAAAGGCAUAAUUUGUCGCUGAAAAGAUUUCAGUCAAAGUCUCACAGAUGGUCAAAAAUACUUUCCAAUAAAAACGACAACACUAAGCAUGUGAUACAUCCGCAAGACAUUGAAAAUGGAGUUUAUGAAUUUAGAUUAGGUGUCCUACGGUGUUUGAAUUUGUGGAUAAAAUAUGUUUCAUCCAAAUUCACUACCAUACAACAGGAAAGAUUGAUAUUAGAAAAUAAAAUGAAUUUCAAUUCAACGCCUAUGCCUACUUUAUCCAACAAUGCGGAUGAUUUCUCUGCAGAUGCAAUAGACAUCUCAGUGUCACAAUCUGCUCCCGUAGAAACUGUACAAGACGAAGUAAAACAUUAUGAAGAGACGAUAUCCAAAUUAACCCAGGAGCAACUACAAGUGUUGGAGACAGAACAUUCGGAACUGCUAAAUCAAAAAAAUGAGCAAUUGAAAAAAGUGGAGACUAUAAACAAAACAAUUUUAGACAUUGUCAAUAUACAGAACGAAUUGUCCAAUCAUUUAACGGUGCAAUCUCAAAAUAUAAACCUAAUGCUGAACAAUCAAGAUGACAUUGAAUUGAAUAUUAAGAAGGGAAAUAAAGAAUUACGUAAAGCGAAACGAGCUGCUGGAAGAACUGCUAAAAUGACCACUUAUGGUGCCAUUAUCAUGGGUGUUUUUAUAUUGUUCCUAGAUUAUGUAGGUUAA